AUGUCACCGAGGGCUCAGGAUGGCAAGGCUCAGCCAUCGCUUCAUUCAUUCUUUAAACGCAAAUCUCCUCCUCGUAUUUCACCGAGCAAGAAAGCCAGCGACGAUGACUUAGUCGUCGAUCUGACAGACUCGCCUCCUGCCAAGAAGGCUAAAACCUUGCCAAUGCUACCCAGUCCCACAACGUCGGUAAUCAAAUCCUCCCUCGCACAGCCAUCAUCAGUUUACUUCCUCAAACCUGACAUUCCUUCACCUGCAAGGACCCCUUCUCUUAGCGCAGCACCUGGGUCAACUUCGAUAUCCACUUCAGCUACCCUGGAGACAUAUCGUCUACCUAAAGUCCGUAUCUUACCAUCGUCACAAUCAGGCAAUGCUUUUGAAGGCUUUACCAUUUCAUUGGAAGCUGGAGCUGGACCUAGUUCAACUCAAACUCCGCGCACGGACGUUCAACUGCGCCGUCACGAGGCUUGGCAAGCUCGUAUUCUAGCUGGUGGAAUCACUCGUCGUCGCAGAUCGCUAGCUCUGGAUGAAGCUGCUGCUGCUGAAGUUCGUCGAGCAGCCGGAAUUGAUACACCUGAUGUAGACUCCGGUGCGGACACUCCUCUGUUGGAAGAACCGGAUCAGGCUGAGAUCGAAGAAGCAGGGAGGAGACAAGCUGCCGAGGGUGUGGGAAGUAAACUCGCGGCAAAGUAUGCAUCAAAGUCAAAGGAAGCGAAAAGCGCUGUGAAAGGAAAGGGGAAAAAGAAGGAAGAAGUAGGACCAAGUGGCCAAACCUAUACACCCCUAGAGAAGCAGUUUAUGGAGGUCAAAGAGAAGAAUCAGGAUGUUCUUUUACUUAUGGAAGUUGGAUACAAGUAUAAAUUUCAUGGAGACGAUGCCAAGGCUGCUGCUAAAGAGCUGGGGAUCGUUGCAUUCCCGAGCCGAAACUUCUAUACGGCUUCUAUUCCAACACAUCGCCUGCAUAUUCACGUCAAGAAGUUGAUAUCUUUGGGCUACAAAGUUGGAGUCAUUAGCCAGACAGAGACAGCUGCCCUGAAGAAGGUGGGAGACAACAGGAAUGCUCCCUUUACAAGGGAGUUAACUCAUCUUUUUACUGCGGCGACAUAUGUUGAGGAUCCGUCUCUUCCUUCAUCCUCGACCUCUCUUGACGACCCAAUACUCCCCGGUACUACGGCACCACCUACUAAUGCAUUAGUGGCUGUUGUGGAGCAGGGCAUGGGUGGUAUGGCAUAUGAUGAGAGAGUUAGAAUAGCGUUAGUCAGCGUCAUUCCUGGCACCGGAGAGGUUGUAUGGGAUGAAUUUGACGAUUCGCAAGUACGAAGCGAGCUAGAGACUCGUUUAACCCACCUUCAACCAGCAGAACUACUUCUGCCACGGGCGGGACUAAGCAAAUCUACCGAGAAGAUACUAAACCAUUUCGCUGGGGGCACAAGGACUGGUUCAAGUAUUACCGUCCGGAUCGAAAGAAUAGAAAACAUCCAUUCAUACGAUGAAGCUUUUGAUUACCUCACCAGGUUUUAUAGUGGCAAAAAGGACAAGAAGAAAGUCAGAGAGAAGCGUGACGAACAAAUAGAUCUUACACUAAGCGACGACGAACUUGAUGGAGCGGUACAGAAUGGUGAUUCGCAUGAUCUGCAGGGAGAAACAAAAACUGUACAAGAAGACGAUAUGCAACUUGCUGCAGGCCUCGACUCUGCGGAAGCUGUACUAGCUUUGGUCGAUUUCCCGAAACAAGUCGUUGUCGCGCUAAGUAUAGCCGUCCGAUAUAUGAAGACUUUCGGAUUGCAAAAUGCUUUCAAACAUCGGUCAUCUUUCGCUAAAUUCAUCAAUCGUGCGCACAUGCUGUUGUCAAGCAAUACCUUGGUUAACCUGGAGAUUUAUCGAAACCAAGACGACGGCGGUAUCUACGGCAGUCUACUAUGGUUAUUGGAUCACUGUAAAACCCGUAUGGGUCGUCGCCUCCUACGGGAAUGGAUAGGAAGGCCACUUCUGGAUGUAGCCGCUCUUCGUGCUCGGACUGAUGCGAUCGAGGAAAUAAUGGAAAACAAUACCUAUCACAUGGAGAAGCUAAGGAGUCUGCUAGUGAGCAUGCCUGACUUAGUGAAGGGUUUGACGAGAGUUCAAUACGGCAAGGCAGCACCGACUGAACUCGCAACUAUUCUCGUCGCCCUCGUUCGAAUCGGUUCCGAAUUUAAACCUACUCAGGAACAGAUAUUCAGAUCUUCGCUUCUAAACAGUAUUUUGAAUACACUACCUACAAUCCUUGAGACGUCCAAACAGUUUUUGGAAUCUAUCAACCUAAAAGCUGCAAGGGAAAAUGAUGAAUCAAACUUGUGGAACGAUCCCGACAGAUUUUCGGACAUCCAAGAUGCAAAAGAUUGCAUAAGCAUUUGCGAAAGUGAAUUAGACCAGCAUCUCAAAGAUGUCAGAAGAACACUCAAAAGGCCCACUUUGAGUUAUGUGACGGUUGCUGGUAUCGAGUAUCUCCUUGAAGUCCCGGUCAGAGACGUCAAGGCUGUUCCUCCGAAAUGGAUCAAAGUCAGCGCCACCAAGUCGGUUAAUCGGUACCACACCCCAGACAUCUUGAGAAUUAACAAGGAACGAGACCAACAUAAGGAGACUUUGAACGCGGCAGCUCAGGAUGCCUUCAAGUCUUUUCAAUCGGAGAUCUCUGAUCACCAUGAACUUGUGAUUGUUUCGAAGCAAAUAGCAGUCAUCGACUGCCUCAUGUCUUUGGCUCAAGUUGCUGCUGCAUCCGGGUAUUGCAAGCCUAAAUUUGUGCAAGACCCAGAACUAAGGAUCAGAGCUGGAAGACAUCCCAUGGUGGCGAUGCUAAGAGAUGAUGCAUACGUUCCUUUUGAUAUCGACUUUUCGGAACGGGAUGGUUCAUCAAAAGUCAUCACUGGUCCCAAUAUGGCAGGAAAAAGUUCGUGUGUCCGUGCCGUAGCCCUCAUCGUCUGUAUGGCGCAGAUUGGCUCGUUCGUACCCGCUACCUCGGUGACUUUGGGCGUUCACGAUGCGGUGCAGACGCGAAUGGGAGCAUCCGAUGAAAUUGGUCGUGGUAAAUCAACAUUUAUGGUCGAGCUUUCCGAGACAAGCGAUAUCCUGCGCACUAUUACACCCAGGACGUUAGUCGUUCUUGAUGAGCUUGGUCGAGGUACUAGCACAUAUGACGGUGUGGCUAUCGCGUAUGCCACCUUGUCACAUGUCGCUGGAACGGGAUGCAACACGCUGUUUGUUACUCAUUACCCUAUGGUUGCGGAACAAUUGGCUAGAGAGAAACCAGAUCAAAUCAGUAAUUGGCAUAUGGCUUUCGACGAAAUCAAAUUGCCUGAUGGCAGUGCCGAGAUUACAUUCCUUUACAAGCUUACACGAGGUCUGGCAGAAGCUUCAUUUGGAGUAUGGUGUGCUCGAUUAGCUGGAUUACCAAAAUCAGUCCUUGAAACAGCUCAACUCAGAGCCGAUUACCUUAAACACGAGACUCAACUGCGCUUGUUGAACGCUCUAUCUCGAAGGACCGGGAAAAUGCUGAAAGAUAUUUCUGACGUACAAGGAAGGAAAAAAGAAGAGAUUUUGAAGAAUGUUAUGACUCUAGAUAGAGCCCUGAGAUUGGUUUCAAAAAGUUAA